UCAGCUUCUAAUGAGAAAAAGGCUACUUCCUUGACCAAGGACCUUGUGGCGCUCUGCGAGAGUGGAGGAUUCCAUUUGACUAAGUGGUCUAGCAACAGCCGUGAAGUGCUGUCAUCUCUUCCCGAACACGAGAGAGCAAAGGAGAUCAAGAAUCUAGAUCUGGACAGGGAUGAACUACCGAUGGAAAGGGCCCUUGGGGUGGACUGGUGCAUAGAAUCAGAUUCCUUCAAGUUUCGUAUCCUUGUGAAGAGUAUGCCUUUAACCAGACGGGGUAUCCUCUCAGUCGUAAGCUCAAUUUAUGACCCCCUUGGAUUUCUGUCGCCUUUCAUUCUUCUUGCGAAGAUCAUUGUCCAGAAUCUCUGCCGAAUGAAACUUGCCUGGGAUGAUGAGAUUCCAGAAGACAUAGCAAACAGAUGGGUUGGCUGGCUGUCUGACUUGAGCCAGUUCUCCAGCUUUUCCAUUAGGAGGUGCUUCAAACCUGAGGGAUUUGGUCCAGUAGUGUCGGCCCAGCUGCACCACUUCUCCGACGCUAGCGAGAAGGGCUAUGGCGUUGUUACUUACCUCCGCAUCGAGAACAGCCACGGUCGAGUCCAUUGCUCAUUUCUUCUAGGAAAAUCCAGAGUGAAGCCGCUUAAACCAGUCACCGUGCCGCGCCUCGAGCUUACAGCAGCUACCAUUGCGGUAAAAAUGGAUAAGCUUUUGAGGCGAGAGCUUCAGAUGGACCUCAAAGACUCCGUGCUGUGGACAGACAGCACCACUGUCCUCCGAUAUAUCGACAACUAUGGCGCUCGCUUUAAAACCUUUGUUGCAAACAGAGUAUCAACAAUCAGAGAAAACACGAGGCCAGCACAGUGGAGGUACGUCAGCACAGUUUCUAAUCCGGCUGACCAUGCAUCCCGAGGAAUGAAUGCAGAGUACUUCAUGAAGUGUCAGAGUUGGAUUGAAGGUCCUGACUUCCUAGCCAAGAACGAAUCUCAAUGGCCGGUCUUAUCAGAGUUCUCAAGAGAGAUAAGUGAAGACGAUGCUGAAGUGAAGCAUAUGACCAGCACGAAUGUUAUUAAGGCAGUCGACUCAAGCACAGACCCUCUCUUCAAGCUAACUCAUUACUACUCCAACUGGCACAGUCUGAGGAAGGCCGUCGCCUGGAUGUUGAGACUGAAGGAGCUACUUAGAAGCCUCUGCGAAAGAAGGAAGAUGUUUGAGUCUCAAGCCCAGCCAAGUCAAGAUGUGAAAACUAAAACAGUUGAGAAACACAUGCAGAAAUGGAGAUCUUCCCUAAAAGGAACCUAUCUGACUGUCAAGGACAUCAGAAGAGCAGAAGCCGCUAUUAUUCAGUUCUGCCAAAGUCAAACUUUCCACGAAGAGCUUUGUGCACUGCAGAAAGGAGAAAAGAUCAAGAGAAGCAGUUCCAUCGUGAAACUGGAUCCCUUCCUCCAAGAUGGCGUUCUCCGGGUUGGCGGAAGAUUGCACCAUGCUGCCUUGCCAGAACAUACGAGGCAUCCAGCCAUUCUGACCAAGGAUCAUCACGUAACAACCUUGAUCAUCAGGAAUGCUCAUGAGGAAAUCGGACACGGAGGGAGAAACCACACCCUCGCUCAGCUAAGGCAAAAGGUCUGGAUAUGUAAAGGAAAUGCAGCUGUGAGAAGUGUGCUUUCAAAAUGUGUGAAAUGCCUGAAGAGUCAAGCUGCCGUGAGUGAACAGAAAAUGGCAAAUCUACCACCUGAUCGUCUUCUGCCUGACCAUCCACCGUUCACCAACGUCGGUGUAGACUACUUUGGCCCUUUCGAAGCUAAGCGUGGGCGCGCACGAGUCAAGCGUUAUGGUGUCAUAUUUACUUGCCUUACAGUCAGAGCCAUCCACAUUGAAAUCGCACACUCACUCGACACAGAUUCAUGUAUAAAUGCAGUGAGACGAUUUAUUGCCAGAAGAGGACAAGUAGAAGUUAUGAGAUCUGAUAACGGAACGAACUUGGUAGCUGCAGAACAUGAGAUCUGUCAGGCGAUGAAAGAAUGGAACCAGUCCCAGAUCUCUGACGCUCUGCUGCAAAGAGGAGUUACUUGGAUCUUCAACCCACCUGCCGGUUCGCACCAUGGCGGGAUUUGGGAGCGCCAAAUAAGAACAGUAAGGAAAAUACUUACCAGUCUUCUGAAGCUCCAGUCACUUGACGACGAAUGUCUGCACACUGUUAUGUGCGAAGCAGAAGCAGUGAUUAAUGGCAGACCCCUCACCAAGUCAUCUGAUGAUGUGGAUGACCUCGAGCCACUGACACCAAAUCAUCUCCUUCUUCUUAAAGGGAAACCAGCGCUCCCUCCAGGCAUGUUUCAUAAGGAGGAUCUAUACUCCAAACGAAGAUGGAGAGAAUACUUGCCCCUCCUACAAGAAAGGCAGAAGUGGCUGGAAAAGAAGAGAAAUGUGAAAGAGGGAGACAUCGUACUCAUCGUGGACGAGAGGGCUCCAAGAGGGUCCUGGUUAAUGGGGAAGGUGGAGAAGACUAUCCCUGACGCCCAAGGGUUUGUCCGUCGAGUCCUAGUCAAAACGAAGACCAACACCCUGGAGAGACCCAUAGACAAGCUGUGUCUCCUGCUGGAGAUGGAAGAAUCUCAUGGACAAUGA